AAACUGCAAACUACCUCAUCGUUGACACUCUCCAAUCAACUAUCACAUCCAAAACCUGCUUUUUGACAGUUCUCUAUAGCUAACAAACGGCAAUAUCAAACAAAUAUCAAGCGAGGCAGGGUUCAAACUAGUCAAAUUCACCGAAUAAUUAUCAUCAACUUCAACAUGGCUGUUCAAGCAGUAACAAAUGAUGGUUUCAUUGAUAUUACCAUCACGACAUUCUCGUCACCCGAACCUGAUAGCCGGGGGCGAAAGCGACGACGCAGUCCGCCAGAAACUCUAGCAAUUACAACGAACCGACUUCCAUCGACAGAUUCUACUACUUUCCGAGGGCGCUGCAGACAUAGGUCGUCCUCGAGACUUGAUGUUUCACGAAACACAUCACGACUCAGAAGUGGCUCAUUGUCCCCGAUCCGUAGGAAGCUCAUCUGCGCCAUCCAACUAAAUCGCCAUAGAAGCCAAUCACCAUCUAGGUCCCGUUCAAUGAACGGCCAGGAAUCUUCGAAGCGAAGGCGGCAAAGGACACGAAGCCGAAGCCGGGACCACGGAGGCGAAUCAAAGAAAGCUGGCGAGCCUAUCGUGACUUCAUUUCUUCGUCACGAGAUCGUGAUCCGCAACGAUGGUCCGUCCCAGAAGGAGAAAUAGGAUGGAUAGCUUGACCGAAGCUCGAAAGCUCGAGCCCUGGCUCUUCGACUAUACAAAGCCAAUAGUGUCCCCAGCUGAGCGGGAUGUAGUACAGAAAGGAUGAUAUGACGUUGUGUUGGGAUACAGUCGUCAAGACCUGUACAACAGAAGCAUCGCCAGCUGACUCGCAGGGCCGAGUCAAAUAUGACGAUCUUGAAUAUUACGCUGUCACGAAUACGACGGGAUUAAAUACGAGUAGAUGGAAAACAUCUUCG